AUGGUGAAUCGUGAAGGCACCUACUGCUUCAAAGUCGCCGCUCUGAACUUCGUCACGGAGACGAAUGCCCUGGAGGACCAGCAGCCGCGGCUGAGCGAUGCCGCCUGCGGCCACGUGGCCCAGACGCCGGACCCGCCAGGUGCCCUCUACUUCAAGUACCCGCAGCUCGGCGACGUCAUGGUGGACUUCCCUCCCUCCCUCAGCGACGGUGGCAUCGCGGUGGACCUCUACGAGAUCUCCAUGAACCAAGCCAGCUCAGGAUGGACUGUUGUGGCCACCAAUGCAGCGGGCGAUUUCUCCACCUUGGUGCAAGGCUGUACACAAGGUGCAGAUUUGGUGUUCCGGAUCCGUGCACGCAACGCCGUCGGCUGGGGCAAGUACGGCAGCGAGGUCAGCACCGUCUGCGCCACGGAGCCAGCAAAGAUGGCCUCGCCCACGCGGGCCACAUCGACGCGCACGUCCAUUACCCUGGCGUGGCUGGCUCCGGACAACAUGGGCUCGGCCAUUACGGCCUACAGGCUGUACGAGGCCUUGGAUGGGGGUGCCUACUACCUCAUCUACGAGGGCUUCACCUUGUCCUUCGAAUCCACUGGCUUGCUCACGGGCUCCACGUACCACUACCAGGUCUCGGCGGUGAACGCCGCCGGGGAGGGCCCGCGGUCGGACUCCUCCACCAUGCUUUGUGCCGGCCUGCCGGGAAAGCCAACGGCCGUGACCUUCUCACACAAUUCCCGUGCGGUCCCCAGAAUCUUCCGGAAUCCAGUGAACCUCUCCGAGACCUUCUGCGGCAUUCUGACUGAUGCGCGAUCUGUUUCGCGGCACACAGACGGUGGUCAGCUGGACAGCACCAUCCGACGACGGCGGGUCUCCUAUCAUCCGCUAUGA